UCCCUUCUCAUGGAGGAAAUAAUUGUUGAGUCCCGAAGGCGGACAGUUCGAGAAGUGGUGCUGAGUUGACAAUCCUUGGCCGGUUAAAAAUCUGGGUCCGUUCCGGUUACUUAGAAAAUAACUAAUUUCCAGUUAGCCUGGGAGACAAUACCCCGCUCAAGUGAUCAAAAUAUCACUAAAUAAUUCUAUUCAACUGAGGAAUUAUGCCACAUUAACUUCUAAUAUACAGGAAUAUGUUACAAUAUAUCUACAAUGGCAACACUAACCUCCAAAAGUACUCAUAAGUAAGUCGUAGGCUCACUUCAGGAAAUAAAAAAACCCACUGACGUGCGCAGACAUCAAUUGCAUUUAAACAGAAAAUAAACCACAUUUCCGCAAGUUGGUCGUUUAGUCAGCCAGACAACCAUUUACACGUUUGUUGGGCCGCUGUCGGCAGCUUUUGCUCGGCGCGUUUGGGGUCGGCGUGGUGUUUGUUGUUCGAAGGGGCGCAUUCUAUGAACAUUGCAUUGGCGCCGGAAGUGGAUCGUUAUGAACUUUUACGAAAUUCAAUUUGUUAUUUAGCAGCUACUCGGCAAGUGCGGCACUUACUCGCCUACCCAUGCUCUGGGCCUCUUCGAGCAUUUAGCUGGACGUGUUCCGUGCGCCGCUGGCAGAAGUGCACAGACAAUUCGCCGUAAAUUGCAAAAUAUACUUGCAACUAAGUGUGCGUAUUGUGCGAUGCGGAUAAUUAUUGCUCGCGUUGAUGAUGUGUUUACGCUUUGUUGUUGAUGGUGCAAUGUGAGUCGCAACCCUUGUAAACCGCUAAUCUUCCUUGUAAUGUGUUGGCUCGUGCCAAAUUGCUUUCGGGUCGGUUGUGUUAUUGGUAGAAGACGAGUUUGUAAUUGUGUUCCGGUAUUUAAUAAGGCAUGUGGUAUUGGCGUCCAUAAUCCCGAAAUUUGGAAAAAAUUUAAUUUGUUCUUUGAUAAAAGUUCAUUUGAUAAUGGAAAAUGGUCGAGGUCGUGGUGGACUCACGGUGAGCUGGCGCAAACGGUAGCCAAGCCAGAAAUGUAGGUCAGGAAGGCUUUGCUAUAUUUUUGGUGGGAUUGGCAUUGAAUCGUCUACCAUCAGUUGCUCCCCUAGAGCCAAAUUCUUAAUUCGAACCUGUGCUAUCAACAAUAGAACAGUCUGCAGAAAAUUACCCCCCAAAAGCGGACAGCUUUGGUCAAUGAAAGUGAAAUUGUGUUCCGUCGGGGCAAUGCCAGGCCUCACUCAUCAAUAGUGACACGCCAGUAGCUUCGGAAGCUUGGUUGGAAGGUUCUUAAGCAUAGAUUUUAUAAUACGGUCCCAGCGAAUGAUUUUGACAAUUGAUAUUUCUGGAAUUGCAGACUAAUAGGCUGAUAGAGCUUAUCUUAACUUAGGCUCACUUAAAUAUAGUUAUACGUAGACAUGUUAUCAAAAUUUUCGGGAUCCCGAACUUCCACUACAUAUGUAUAUACACUGUUAGAAGUGCCACAUUACAAUGUGGAAUGCAAAUACAUCAUCUCCUUCCAGUAUUUAUUUAGACAUUAGAUUUAAAUCAUUACGGGCCCACAAUAUCGCUUACACAUUUACAUAUGUAAUAUACGAGUAUAAGUUACUUAAGUUGUUAAGUAGGCACUUAAGUACACUUGUUAUAGCGGCAAUUAAAUUCAAAUCAAACCUGUAUGUAUUAUGCAUGCGAUAAACAUUUUAUUAUGAAACCAGAGUUAUCUGCAUAUUAUUAUACCAUAUGUCCUUAAUCAAUCAACAAGAAUAGUCAGUUAACUGAUAUUCAAAUUCAAUAUUAUGCAGUAAGUUGUGAUGAAAGAUUUGAAAGUUAUUGCUUCGUAAGAGUAUUAAAAUAUUAUCACUAAAACUUACCCAAAACUUAAGUUUCAUUAAUGGUUAUCAGUCAUCAGUCGGAGAAAAUAUAUCACAAAGAUAAUGUACUUCUGCUUACCUCACCAUCGGGCUAAUGACGAUAUAAUACUGAAUCCACGAACCUGAUAGUCUUUGACUAUAGCUUGGCUUUAUUAAGACCUAACCUUUGAUGGUCAAGCGGGAUUAACAACAGUUACAUUUUAACUUGAUCUCGAGCUUAAAUUAGCCAACUCAUUUUAAAUAAGAAUAUUUCGUCAUCAGGUUCGAUCCGAAAAAUUAACAUUUACAUAUUAUUAGAAGAUCGGGCAAACUCGGAGCAAAAUGUUUUCGGAGGGUGAUUUCAACCAAUCUCCAUGCUCCGACCAUUGCCUUUCUGUCUCUAUUAUAAAAAGCGGACUCCAUACUGGAAAGCAGCUGAUUGGGCUGGAUAGCUGGACGUUAUUAAACAGCUGAAAAGUUUUGACAGUCGGGCUUUUGUCUAUUACUGAGUAAAUAUAUUUUUGGAAUACCAAGCUCAGUCAAAUUUAUUGGACUUUCUGUAGAUAGAGAGAACACAUUGAAAGCAGGGCUUCGAAAGCACUAAAUAUAGAACUUUUGCAGAAGAGCUAUUGCCCCAAAGUAGAGUUUACGACCUCACAUAGUUUAUUGACUGACCGCCCAAUACUAAUGUAUAGUGCAGUGGUAUGGUGGAUGGGAUUAACGGGAAAGUGCCGUAUUAAACACCUGGAACAGGUGCAACGAUCCUGCAUGUUGGGGAUUAUGGGCGCCAUGAGAUUACCUCCACAAAAGUUCUGGAGGUCAGUGAGGUAAGAGGCAAUGCUUACAAUCAGCCGGUUCAAGAUUUUAGGCCAUUGGAAGGCAUGGUAUCAUACACGAACUUAACACGAGUUGGCAUUGCGACCAUGUAACUGAGACCCAUGAGGAACAAAACACGUCGUUUUCAUUCCUCAGUAGAGAAGAUGGGACCAAUGGUUCUGCAAUCGGCAGUUCCAACGUUGAAAUCUACAUAUUCACUGACGGAUAAAUGAAUGAAACAGCAACAGGAGCAGGCUUCUUCUCUAAUAAUCCUUACACAGAAAGCAGCUUCAAACUGAAUGACUACGAUUCAAUCUUUCGGAUCGAAAUUGUGGGCAUAAUAGAAGCUACCAAGUAUUUUUCUGCUCAAACCUGCAAGUUGUGGAUAGCCAGGUGGCAAUUAAGGUUAUACUCGUAUAUAGUGACAAUAUUAACUUUCAUUGCGUGAGAUUAAGCAAGCAAGCAAUAACUAGACUUUUAGUAGGUAACUCGGUUAAUAUCGUCUGAGUACCCGGUCAUAUAGAAAUAGAAAAAAAUGAAAAGGAUUGUUUGAAGCAAUGAACCUUAGAGGAACAUUUCAGGUCUUCAAACACAAGCAACACAGAUCAUACCACAAACUUACGCAAAGGCUCCAAAAACCCGGCGUAAGUUCCAUUUCUUCAACUCCACGUGGGCUCCUUUAAUGAGAAAAGUUGGGCAAAUGAAUCAUCGGUGAGGUUGUGUAGUAUGCGCUGGAGCUCGCGUGUCAGAGACACUUUUACCACAAAACAAAAAAUAACAAACGGUAACAUUGCAACAGUUCGGACGGUCGCUAAGGCGUAACAAACAUUGUUACGAAACGGCGGAAAGGGAAGGGAAGGAAGGUGCAACCAGACAGGAAUAAGCAAGCCGGCAACUUAAACAGAUUUGUUUAGUUAUUCUACUUGGCGGCAAAGGAGGUGUGUGUUAAGCGUGUGUCGUCUACAUUAUGUUAACGGAAUGUGGGAAAUGACGAAGCAGUCGAAGACGAACAGAGCAUUUGAUGUGUCACAAUUUUUAUGUUGACGACAUUACGAGUUAGUAGUUUGUUUGAUGAGUAGAGUCGACCGGCUGCCUGCGACGCUUCAUGACUGGCAUUUGUGAAUGCCCGCAGGACGAACAUUUUGUCUUGACAUUUGAGCAAAUUUAACGAUGUCAAAGGAAAGGUGGCACUAGGGCUAGAGUAUUGAUAAAAAUCAAGCUUUUAGUCGUCGCACGGAAGUCAAUUUGAGACAAGCUAUUUGGAGCACGUUUUUUAACCAAAAAAAAAAUAACUAGUAGCACACUGAAGCCUGACGAUAUACAGUUUGUUGUGUUGUUUAGUUAAUGGAGGCUCACAUAUUCGCGUGGCACAGAACUUAUUGAAUAAAUGAAUAAUCAUUGCAUAAAUUAAAACUUUCGGUUAUGGAAAUGCUGAAAUCAUCAACAAUUUGGGAAUCCGCCAGUCGGCCGCUUUUUGUGCGCUCAAUUUGGCUGGAAGCGCCGAAAACUGGGCGUGCCGGUGCACAACGCCAUUUCAUACUGGACUACGAGCCAAGACAGCGGCGUAUACAUUCAAAGUCGGCGGCGAGCAUACGCAGAAAUAAGGCGCAUGCCACGUUGCAACAUUCACAUUCAUAUGACUUUGUUGGCGAAUGGCAGGAUCAUAAUCAGUGCAGAUUUGCGGAAGAGCCACAAAGAGAUUUAUUACUCAUUGUGCCAGCCAAAGUAGAGCCACCAGCUGCAGCAUCCACACAACAGACACAGCUAUUUCAACAAAAACAUUCAAACAAAACACUAUCCACUCAGGCGGGUCGUAACCAAAAACGCACGACACUUUUUUUUCGCCAUCGCCCACCGCGUCACGGUCCACUUCACGAGCUCUACGAGCUGUAUUCGCGCCACAGUUCACUACAAGAUCUACAAUCGACUCUGUCACAAGCGAACUCACAUGCGGAUGAGCGCCUGGCGGAGCGUGUACUUAAUUGGCUCGAUUUAGCUGGCAAGCGUAUUGACACCACUCAGCAGACUGAAGCUCAGAGAGACAUAAGUGAAAUGGGAAAGCGACCGAAAAAGCCAACAGCAAAGGCAAUAACAACACAGGCUCCACAAACUGCAACAGUUGCUACUACCAGCAACAAGGCGCAUACUCUGCGUUUCGCCAACACACAAACUCAGCCACACCCACAAUCACAAACCACUACAGCACAAUCGUCCUCCAAUGCAACACGUUCGCGUAAACAAGUACGCUAUGCAAGCGCUGUGCGCUCGGAACAAAUCCCAACAGCGAGCCAAACGGAUCAAACUCGAUCCGCAGAUCCCGUCAAACACAUCACAAUCAUCUUCGAUCGCGAGGGUGUGCCGGUGCGCUUCAAUCGACCGGUACGUAAUAUAGAUUUAUGUACCCUAAGCGCUAGUCCGAGCACAGUUCGUCGCAUGGCUGGUACUUUGGCUUCCGCACGGCUCUACAACGAAGGUGAGCGUUCUUUUGUACAACCAGCAUUGAAAACCGUCUCAGCGAAACAGCGUCGCUCCACUGAGUUGGAGCAUGGCGCAUAUGCCGCGAAGUCAAUGCAAAAACGAUCCCACGAUGCAGGUACCUACGAUGCCAAAAAACAACUGCAUAUUUUUAUGCCGAAUUUACCGAAGAAGGGCCUCUUAACAGCGGCCGGCACGAAUGACAGCGUUUGUGGCAGUGUCGAUGAUACGGUUAGUGGAUUGAGUAAUGUAUUCAGUGAGCUUUGUAAAAUUUAACGUGGCUUAAUUAAAUGUGUAUUUAAAGUGAAAUAUAUAUAUAUAUAUAUUCAAUAAAAUGCUCAAAAAGUUAAAACUACAACGGUAAAUUGAAAUAUAUAUGUAAAAUACAAAAAGAUAGAUAAAUAAGUAUUUUGGUAGCGGUAGUUCCGCAAAAAAUACGUACCGUAAAAUUUCAUUUUCUAGAAUCGAAUUUGAAAAGUUGUGAUGAAUGCGGUUCUGAGUCCUAAGUGCUUUUAUUAGUUUUGGAUAUCUCUUGUAUCAUGAAAAAGAAGGCAUGCCUUGCCUAUAAAGGCGUUAGAUUACCUUCAAUGUUAGCCGCUAAACAAAAUGACGUUCCGAAGACUUUUCGUAGGGCUCUUAUAUAUUUAGUUGAUUGUUGGCUAACCCUCAGGUUCCUUCUAAGUAUAUAAAGUGCAUUCGGCGAUUUUUACAAUAAGUGAAAUAAUUCAAGAGAAGUUCCAUUUUCCAUUGCGGAAUCAAAUAUCUGGUGCCGAAACGUUCAGAAUGUUGGAAAAGGUGAUAUUUUUUGUCGCGAGCAAGAGUUUUUCAUUGGUACAAAUUACUCAAAGAGAGAGUCGAGAACGCGUUGACGGCGAACCACGUCCAGGACAACCAUCAACAUCAACUGAUGAUCAAACGUCACUAAAAUAACGUUUGAGAAUCAACGAUUAACAGUCAGAGGUCUUAAUGGCAUCGUUGGAAUAUCGGAAGGAUCAGUGAAAACUAUUUUCAAAGAUUAUUUGGUCCCAAAGAAAUUGAAAGCCCAUUGGUUCGAAAACCCCUCAAUUUUUUUGAACAACAGUGUCUGUUAACGUCUGUGAAACAAUGCUUUCGAACUGCCAGGAUGUUAUGAAACGCAUUAUUACUGGCGAUGAGUCUUGAAUCUAUGCUUUCCAUCCGUAAAACGACUUUCAAUCGGUCAAAAAUUAAGGUUAAGUUUUCUUCGAUUAUCAAGGUAUACCACGAUAAUGUACCGUUGUGUACUGCAUCGAUUCUUCGUUAAUUUUUUGCCAAAUUUUCAACCAAUAUCGUGCCGCAACCAAAGUAUUCGCUUGAUUUAGCUCAGUGUGACUUCUAGCUAUUCAGCAAACUCAAACCGCUCCGGAGAAACACUUUUGAGUUAAUCAAGGGGAUUAUUUUGAGGGGAAAGACAUAGAUUUUAAAGAAUAAAUUAAGAAUUUUAAAAUUAUGAACAAAGUCUUUCUAUUUUUUGCUCAUAGUAUUACUACAGGUUUAUGUACUGCCUUAUAUAAAUAUGUACAAGUACACGUAGCAUAUUCCAACAGUCAAGGCUACAGUUGACACUGUGAAAUUAGUCAAGAAGCCAAAAUGAAAUCAUGCCAGAACACGUAAUGCUGCAUUAAGUCAACAAAGUAUGACAAAAGUUUACCUGCGGUUAUUUUUCGGCUUAAAUGCAAUUCGGUAAAGUUCGUAACUCCCGCAGAGCGAAUAUCGUAGAAAGUAAUUUGCCUUAGUACGAGUGCAUUUUACCGUUGAAUCGCAGCAAGACAUUGCAAAAAUCGUUUGCCAUUGAACGGCCAUGAACGCGGCACGCCCACCUUUAUUUAUGCGUACAUGUGUCUAGGCUGUGGUAAUGGGUUUAUAAAAAAGUUAAAGCACUGCAUGCCAUAAUACAUACGAGUAUAUGUAAGUAUGCUACUUUUCUAUAUACUCAGUACAUCAUUAUUUUAUUAUUAUUUCGUCACUUUGUAUUCACUCUUGGUUGGCUGGAAUGAUUGAUAUCAUGUCAAGAGUGAAUUAAAAUCUUUUAUUGUCUUGAUAAUUACUGCGCAAUACCGCAGAAAAAAAGGCUAAAAGGUCAGACAUUAGUAUACAUAUGUAUGUAUGUACAUCGAAUGCAGUAAUAUAUAGUACAUACAUUUAUAGGGUUAUGUGUUCUUAUUGCUAAAAACGGGUUAGACGAGCCUUGUGUGUCACCCAAGAGUUUUCCAAAUUUUGAUAAAGUGGCGCAAGCUUUUUAAGGGGCCAACCGUUAGUACUUUAUUAUAGAGUCCUGAAGAUAAAUCCAAUUAUUCUAAAAGCUUAUAUGUACAUGAGGGUGGAUGGCCUCAAGUUUUAGAUCCUCUUCAAUUAUUUUAUUGUUGAUUGUUUGUUGUUCUGUGGCUUGUGAAUAAAUAAAGUGAUUAUAUAGCUGAUACUUGUAUGACCUUCUAGAAGCGGUUGGGACAUUCCCUAAAAAUCAGGCAAGAUAUCACUAUUCCGAUAUUUUUACUGGAUUUUAAAAUAAUUUUUGGCGAAGUAUUGUGUAUAUCGGCGGGUGAGAACUAUUUAUCAGCUAUUUAUUACCAUAUCGGGCUAAAAACAUUGAUGAACCUCGCAAAAUUAUUCAAAAAAAUUUGAUUUUGAAAAGCAAAAAAAGUUACAAAAUUUGUAAAAAAAAAAAUUAUUUUCAAAAUAAA